UCGAGAUCGUGGAGUAGUGAGACUAACAUACAGAUAGUGUAUAACAUUACUGGAGAAAGGAGCAGAUUUACACAUAAAGAACAAGGCUGGUGAAACAACCAUAGAUAUGAUUGUAGAUCCUAAAAUGAAAGCCAUGAUUGAAAAGCUUACUGCUGCCUACAAACAAGCACCAGCAAAAUCUCAAGCUGGAGUACGUCUGCCAAUGCACUGGAAGGCAAUGAAAGUAACAGACGUGGAUAUGGUGCAACUUGACACAUCAGAUGCCAUGCAGAAACAGGAGUUUGCUGAAGUUGAGAAACAUUUUAAGAAUACCCUUAGUCAAUGUGAAAUAGGCUGUAUUAAACGUAUACAAAAUCCAUUACUCUGGGAACAUUAUACUUUGAAAAAGCGUGAAAUGGAAAGCAAAGGUGGACAAGGCAGUGCCUGCGAGCAGCACCUAUAUCAUGGAACAAAACCGGAUCUUGUCGACUUAAUCGCUUUUGACAAUUUUGAUUUUCGCAUCGCAGGGUCGAGAGUUGGAGCGCUAUAUGGGGAUGGUGCAUACUUUGCAACUACAGCAAAGUACUCUGACUUAUAUGCCUCGGCGGGUGAUAAUGGAUAUAAAGUUAUGUUUGUUGCUAAAGUAUUGACCGGAAAAUACUGUCUCGGUGCACCGGGAUUAAAAAGACCCCCACAAAUUGAUACAAAUGACUUUAGGAAGGGUUAUUAUGAUUCUACUGUUAAUAAUAUACUCAAUCCAACUAUAUAUUGUGUGUUUGAUAAAAACCAAUAUUACCCAGAAUACAUUGUAGAGUAUAGGUAAUGGCCUAAAAUACAUUUUGAAAUUUUGGAGAUAGCUGAAUUCAUAAUUUUUAUAGUUGUCAUACGUAUUUGUUUAUGUAAUAUUUCUUGUUUUCUUUUUUUUAGCUCGACUUUUUUUUUUUUAAAGAGUAAAGGUAUUGUUAUAGUCAUGGCUGCAUUGCCGUUGCCGUUCGCAAACUUGUACCUGGAUCAUUACUUUUUUAGUUCUUGGUGUAUUAUCUUCAUACUUGGCCACAACAACCCUUGGGACAAGACCUUUCAGUAGACCACACUAACCUUGACCUUCAUCCAUAAAUGACCUUGACCUUCAAGGUCAAAUGUCCAAAUUUUGUUUGUUCUUGCUAUUAUUGGCUGUAACUUUGUUAUUUUUGAAUUGAUUAUCUUCAAACUUAAACAUAAUAAUCUUCAAGGAAGCCCUUUAAAAUAAGUGGCCAGACCAUGACCUUAUAAAUGACCUUGAUUUUGAAGGUCAAAUUAUUGAAAUUUUAAUUUUUUUUGCUGUAACUUGCUGUAACUUUACUAUUUUUGAAUGGAUUGACUUCAUAUUAUAACAGAACAUUCUCCAGGACAAGACCUUCAUGUUUAUCAAACUUAAAUUGACCUUGGCCCUUUUAUGACCUUGAAGGUUAAAUUAUUGAAUUUUCACUGAUUUGUGCAUUAAAUGAUCAUAUAUAUUUAUUGGUGUGGAUGUAUUUAUGUGUGCACAAAAGUGCGUCGUUACUAUGCGACGACAUCACAUUUGCCUUGAUGAUCAUAAGAGAAACCGGUUGGCAAAUAAUUAAAUAAGUUAAGUCAUAGACUGUGUUUUUGGGGAGGCUAUGCCGACCCAAUGUU